UUGUUCACGUGACUAGCCAUGGCUCAUACAGGCAGUGUGGAUGUGACCUACAUGUAAAGAUUCUUCCGAGCUGUUGUCCCAGCAAGACAUGUCUUACGGAUACUAAACACAUUGUUUUCGCUAUUUUUAGGCAGCAGAGAAACGUGAAUCACAUCAGUGACGCUUGUAUCUUUUAGGUGACCGUCCGUGAGGUCUAGUGCGCUUUGUUGCGUCGUCCGUACUGUGUCUACCUCGCGCCUCGCAGCAGCUACACACCACAACUCCGGGCUUUUGUUUUUUCGUCCUGCGUGUGAUCUGACCUGAAGAAUGAAACUUUCUCACGCUUUGACUGCUCUCAUCUUCACCUGGUUUGCGGUUUUAGGUUGCAUUCAGGCUGUUACUCUUGAGGUGCAUGAGGGCAACUCCACCUGCAUUAAGGCUGAGCUUUCUGCAUCAUUAUCCAUCACAUAUAACACCUCCAACAGCACAAGAGCAGCACACGUCUCUCUGCCUAACUCCACCACAGUCGACAAAGGCAGCAGCUCAUGUGGCACAGGUGGCAAGUCGCCGCAGCUUGUGGCCGUGUUUGGACCCGGCCACGCUCUGGGUUUGAGCUUUUCAACCAAUGGAAGUCUGUACAGCGUUGCUAACCUGACGCUAUGGUACAACCUCAGUGACACGUCCAUCUUCCCUGAGGCCAACAGCUCCGAUGUGGUCACUGAGGUGUCGGCUUCAGUUGGGAUCUGGGCGAUGAUCAACACCACCUACCGCUGUUUGAGUCCCACUACCGUUAGAGUUGGUGGAGCAACUGUCACCUUCUCUGAUAUGAGGCUGGAGGCGUACAUGCCAGGAAGUGACCUGAGUCCAACAGAAAGUGUAUGUGUGGCAGAUAAGGCUGCUACUACAACUUUACCUACCACUGCCGGCACUACAACAACAGCCGCUCCAGCACCAACCCCUGCAGGAACACCUGAACGUGGCAAUUACUCUGUACACGAUAGCAACGGCACCAUUUGUCUCCUGGCACAAAUGGGACUGCAGCUCAAUGUCUCCUAUUUUUCUCUAUCUCAGAAUAAGACUGUCCAAAAUGUGGUAAAUCUGACUCCCAAUGUGACACGUUCAUCAGGAUCAUGUGCAGCCAGCAGCGCUACCUUGGCUUUGACAGAAGAGCAAACCACCACACUCAACUUCACCUUCACACUGAACUCCACGUCCAACAAGUACCACCUUAGUAAGAUAUCUCUACGGGCUAACUGGUCCGAUAUGACUGCUCCAUUCCUUGCCAGUAACAGUAGUCUCAACUACCUGCGGAGUACGCUGGGCCACUCUUACAUGUGCAACACAGAGCAAACUCUGGUUGUGAUGUCAAACUUCUCCCUCAACACAUUCAAGCUGCAGGUCCAGCCCUUUGGAGUCACCACUGCUCAGUUUGCUACAGCUGAGGAGUGUCAGGUGGACCAGGACCAGAUGCUCAUCCCCAUUGUUGUUGGAGCAGCUCUCGCUGGCCUUGUGCUGAUUGUGCUCGUUGCAUACCUAAUAGGCAGGAAGAGGAGCCAUGCUGGAUACCAGACCAUCUGAACAGACCUGUAAUUGAAAACCGACAGGCCUGAAGUCGGAGAGAUGAACCUGAGCAAGUAAUAAUGAAUGGAAGCACUUGUUGUUCUGUGGUGACUGCAUGUUUUAGCAUAUCCUAUGUGACCUCUGGGUAUUUCAUCUUCCUUUCACUUUCGCCGUGGACAAUGAGAAUCCAAAAACCUGCUAUGUUUAGAUGGUGUGACAUCUGAGAGGACUUCGUCUUCACAUAAUCAAGGAUAGUAGCAGUUUGAAUUUGCUGCAAGUUCAGUGUGUUUGGCUCUACUCCUUUUUUUUUCUUUGUUUUAGGAAGUGGUUGAAUUAGCUUGAAUUUCAGCUGUAAUUGUUUAUGAAGAAUCAUAACAUCAUCCCAUGGUCAAAUGUCUGACAAGUCGUGGAGUUUUACUCAUACACCUACACAUGUUUACUAGUACAAUUCUUUAACUUUGAGCAUCAAAUAAUCUCAGUGGACCUAAGAAAAGGGAAAGCAAUGAAUGUGUGGUUCUCCAGUCAUAUUUCUCCACAGCAGACUGAUAAAAGCCUGAACUGUCCCAUCAGUGCGCUAAGGCCCAUUUGAAUUCAUCAAAUUAAGCCAGCUGGUAACUGAAGAUAAAAACACAGAUUGCUGCUUUGUAUAAACUCUAAUAGUCCAGCUGUACACCGAAUGCAACUCUGGAUUUAGCAGUACAAGUAAACAGGUGCAUGGGUUCAUGUUCAUUCAAAAACCAAACUGUACUGAUAUGAUCUUUUACUUUGUAUAGAAUAUGGUUUGAUUUCAUUUUCUCCUACUAAAAUUUAAUAAAAACCUUUUAAGUGCA